CAUUUCUCUCUCCCAUCGCUGUCCAAUUACAAGUUACAUAUUAUAAUAUAUUACUCACCUAUUAUACAGCCGAUAGAUGUUUACUUUUAAAACUUAAAAAGGUAGAAUAAAAUGUGUUACAAAAAAAAUUGAAGGUAGAAUAAAAUAUAAUUUCCAGCCAAGUUACUGCUCAAUGUGGAAAAAACCUUGUGCCUAUAAAUUUGGUGGCGAAACCCGGGUUCCUAUAUCAUAGUGAACAUGGGAGCCAUAACAGUGUUUGGACCAAAACUCGGAUCUAAACUCUCUGUUCAUUUUCAUACGAAUACAUUUACAUCAUGCAGACUAUCUAGCUUUCCGUCAAUGUCAUUUCCCGUUAAGCCUCCAAAGCUUGUUCCUUUGAAGGCCACUACUAACACUCUGGCUUCUAAAGAUGAAAAAAAUCGCAAGUUCAAGAAGUUAGCCCCUUCUGAGUGGGGUCAUCGAUUCGUCGACGCUCAUGUCGAUGUCUCAGAAAUCGAUUCGCUUGGAAGAGAAAUCGAAGCACUCAAGCCAAAAGUGGAAGACUUGUUCUUGUCUUCCGGUGGAGUUAAUUCAACUAAAAAGAAUAUCCUUUUCAUCUACCUGCUCGUUAGCCUUGGUCUUGCGUAUCAUUUCAAAGCUGAGAUCGAGGAGAAUCUAAAAGAAGGUUUGAAAAUGAUUGAAGAGACGUCGUCUGGUGAAGAUGAUUUGUACACAGUUUCCAUCAUCUUUUGGGUUUUCAGAACAUAUGGUCACAACGUUUCUUCCGAUGUGUUUAGGAGAUUCAAAGGAGAUGAUGGAAAAUUUAAAGAAUAUCUUACGAAGGAUGCCAAGGGUAUCUUGAGCUUGUAUGAAGCUGCUCAUAUGGUGACAAUGAGAGAUUAUAUAUUGGAUGAAGCCUUGAGCUUCGCAAUGAGUUGCUUGGAGACGUUAGUAGCAAGUGGGACAUGCCAGCCUCAUCUCUCCAGGCGUAUACAAAAUGCUUUAGGACAACCACAACAUAAGAACGCGGAGAUAUUAGUUGCAAGGGAAUAUAUCCGGUUCUACGAACAAGAAGAAGGCAGCGACAAGACGCUACUAAAGUUUUCCAAGCUUAACUUCAAAUUCUUACAGCUACAGUACCUUCAAGAACUCAAAGACCUCUCGAAAUGGUACAAGGAGAAAGAAUUUGAAUAUAAGUUGCCACCUUACUACAGAGACAGACUUGUGGAACUGCACCUCGUUACGCUACCAUUCUUUGAGACAAAAUACUCACGUGUGAGGAUUAUGGUAACUAAGCUGUUCGUUGUUCAAAUAAUUCUUGAUGACACAUGUGACAGAUAUGCUUCUCUUCGUGAAGUUGAAAGUCUCGUCAAUGCAAUCGAAAGGUGGGAUCUCGAUGAUGCCAUGGAUGGCCAACCUGAUUAUUUGAAAUUUGUGAUUAAACAUAUAUUCGAUACUUUCCAAGAGUUUGAAAGAGAAGUGGCAUCAGAAUUAGGAGGAUCUUACAGCUUAAAAGCUACAAUUGAUUCGUGCAAGAGAUACGCGAGAGCCAAUCUUCAGCUCGCUACAUGGGCAGAAGCGGAUCACGUCCCUAGUUUUGAGGAGUAUCUAGAAGUCGCUGGAGUCGAAGUCGCUGUGGAUUUUACUAUAGCAGGUGUUUUGAUGGCUAUGAAAGAUAUCUGCAAGAAAGAAGCCUAUGAGUGGUUGAAAUCUGGAGAUAAACUUGUGAUAGCAAUGUAUACAGUAACAAGAGUGCUGAAUGAUAUUCAUGGCUACGAGGAUGACAUGAGCAGAGGAUAUGUCACGAACUCGAUCAACUGUUACAAGAAGCAAUAUGGAGUUACCGAAAAAGAAGCAUUUGAAAAGCUUCAUCAAAUUAUUGCAAACGCUAAUAAGAUGAUAAACGAGGAGCUUUUGAAGCCAACUAACAUGCCACGCCAAAUUCUAAAAGAAAUGCUUAACUAUCAACGUAUAACGAAUGUUAGCUACGAAAUAGGUGAUGAAUUUACCCGUCCUGGUGGAAAACUCAAGAGCCAUGUCACUUCUAUGUACCUUGAUCUUUGAGUGAUAAGUAUGUCUGAGUCUUUGCGUCAUUAUAGGAAUAAGAGACAUGUUCUCAUUAGUUUAGAAUGAGUCAGUUCUGUUUCCGUUUUAAUAGUUGUUUGUUGAGCAUUGGAAGUCAUUGAAUAAAGUAGAUCGUUCUGAAAUGGAUGCAUGGUGACUAUAUACAUUAUAUGAAAUUUGUGGUUAAAUUUAUAUUUGAAUACUUCCAAGAGUUUGAAAGAGAACUGGUGACAAAAG